AUGCCUGUUAAACAAUAUGCUACUAUCUCAGACUUGGUGCCUCGAGCAUCCAAACCGGCAUCCAAACCUGCAAAAAGGACAUCCUCAACUCCCUCAUCCUUUCCAUCCAAGCCUUCAAAGGAUAAAGGGCCUACUAAAACACAGAUGGCUAUACAGCAAAACCCUCCUAUCUUUACGGAGUCUACCCCUUCCUCAACUGGGUCGUAUAUUUCAGAUUCAGAUCGGUUCACUGGCACAUUACGGGAAUGGUUCUCUCACUUGUCUGAAUACCAGCAGCUUCAAUUUGUUCAACUUGGUUCUAUCACUCAAGCUCUGGCACAAAUCCAUCAACAGUUUCUAGGAGACUACAAUUUAAUUUUCAGACAAAGAAAACAAGAGUACUUUGAUCGCAAAUGCUGUUCUAUGAAGAGAAAAGAUCUAGAAGUUCACUAUGUUCAUAUGUCCAAACUCUAUUAUGAACUCGCCGGGCCCAAUAGUGAUGAUCUCAAAUAUACUUUUGUCAGCUCUCUGCCUGAAGAAAUGCACCCUGAAAUUCAACGCAUGAUGACAGAAACUCACAGAGAUAUCACUCAUAUUUCUCUCGGAGAAAUCUGGCAAUUCACCCUGGCCACUCUAGACAAGAUGUGUGAACAGCAGAAACUUUUCAAAAAGAUUGCAAAAGGAGAAGCAUUGCUAAGAAACUUAUGCAACAGGGAUUAUCUCCAAAUCAAAUGCAAAGAGAAACACUGUGACUGCAGAUCAAAGAAGAAAAAGCAUUUUUCUUCUCAUUCAAAGGAAUCUUCUCAUUACAAGCAAAGAAAGGGAAGGAAGAUACGCUGGUUCAAAAGGAAAUCGACAAACAAGCGUAAAUCAGAUCGGUGCUACAUCUGUGGCCAAAGAGGGCACUAUGCAAAGAAAUGCCCUAACAAGCCGAAUCAGACUGUUGCUCUUCUUCAUCAAUUAAAAGACUCAUGUCCAGAAGAUCUAUCUGACCAUGACCUUGAGUCUCUUUUCUCAGAAGAAGAAAUGGCGUCUUCUCAGACUCUAUUUGCCAUUCCGUACUCAGACAACAGCACAGAUGAUGAAAAUUCUUCAGACGAAGAAACAUCUAUUCUUACUAUUGGUCCUGCUGAUGUGGAAAAGGAAUAG